AGACGCCGCGCGCGACUUCGUCCUCCGGCCGCACCGCACCGAAUCGAACCACCGGCCCCGUCCUCCCGGUUUCUAUUUCCGUCCCCGUCCCCAGCCACCCGAGCCCCCCCGCUUUCCGUGGGCAUGGCCGGCGCGCGGGCGCAACCACCUCCGCCGCGGCCGGAUGCCUAGAAAGACCCUCCUCCCCACCCGCGGGCCCACCACCCCCUCCCCCCCGCUCCUCCUCCUACGCCGCCUCCUCCCCCGCCGCCGCGCGCCCUCCUCGCCCCCGCCGCCGCCCGCCCGGCGGAGGACCGCCGCCAUGGCCCCCCGCGCCGGCGACCCCGCGGCGGCGGCGGCGGCGGCGGCGGCCUCCUUCCGGAUCGGGAUGGUGCGGGCGGUUUCCUUCCUCGUGGGCGGGCUCAACCUCGCGGUGCUGCUGCUCGGGCUCUACCUCGCCGACGCCGUGCUCCCGUCGGGGUGCCGCGGCCUCCUCGCGUUCGCCGCGACGCCCGCGCUGGCCGGGGUCCGCGUGCUCGCCAUGAUCGGCGCCGCGCGCGCGCAGCACGCCACGGCGGACGCCAUCGCCAGGCGCCACCUCCACGAGGACGACGCCUCUGUCGCAGCUGAUGCCGUAGCUCGCCAUGAGAUUAGGGUGAGGUAUAAACGCUGGUUGUGGUGGACCAGAUUUGGCAUGGCAGUUGGUGCGUUGCAGUUGGUUGCAGCAAUUUAUCUCAUGUUUGUCAUUGUAAGAGAUCUCUCAAAAGAAAGAAGAUCCACAUCCUGCUUCUUUGGACAGGAUGAAGCUGAUCGGAACUCAGGGAGAACCCUUAUUGCUUUAUUUCUUAUCCUUUCCUGGGUUGUGGUCAUCGUCCAGUGCUUCACGGGUUCUGACAUAUUGAGGUGGCGAUCAUUUUAUGCGACACAUGACAUGGCCUGGAAAGCUCAUUACAGGGAAGUUUUUGACCAUGGAAUUCGAGAAGCUUUGUGCUGCCUAGGGCGUGCAAAAUAUCUAACUGUACUAGAAGAAGAUGAGGUUUAUUCUGUUGCAAGACUUCUUGGUGAUUUGGUUGCAUAUCGUGCUUCUGGGACGGGACAUCUGGAGCUCUUAGCAGGUCUCGCUCUAUUGCAGAAGCAUGGGAAUUUACCUGAAUCGCAGACUGACCUUAUGGAGGCAUCCCAUGAGCUCAUGCAAGAAGCUGCUUUCCUCCAUCCAUUUGCUGAAGCAUGUUACACGGGGCCACUUCUUGAUUUUGGAAGAAAUCCUAUUUUGUUUCCCUGUGCAUGGGUUUAUAGACAAGGUGUGUUAACUCCGUGGGCACGCAGAAGUCGCCCUGCACUUGAUGGUGAUAAUUGGUGGCGAGGCCAUGCUGCAGCUUUCCUUAGAUUCGUUAAUAUACCACCAAAAGCACUUCUGCGAGGACGUGUUUGCCAGAGCAAGCGUGAAGCUGCUUACUUUGUUGUGGUCCUCCAUGACAAAAGAACUGUUCUUAUAGGGGUUCGUGGAACAGAGACGCCGGAGGAUCUCAUAACUGAUGGAUUAUGUAGAGAAUGUGCUUUUACUAUGGAAGAUUUGGAUGGACUAAUUAAUGAAAAAACACCUGCAACUACACGAGAGAGAGUUAUUUCAACAUUUCCACAUUAUGGGCAUGGUGGAAUUGUAGAGGCUGCCAGGGAGCUUUUCAUGCAACUAAACGAAUGCACAGGAGAAAACACAUCAUCUGGAAGACUCGGAUUCCUCUCCACACUGCUGGGGGAGGGCAGUGAGUGUCAUGGAUAUAAAGUUCGUAUUGUUGGGCAUUCUUUAGGAGGUGCUGUUGCUACAGUCCUAGGAAUGAUGCUCUUUGGCAAAUACCCAGACGUGCAUGUAUAUGCAUAUGGACCUCUUCCUUGUGUGGACUUUGUAAUUGCGGAAGCAUGUUCACAUUUUGUCACCACCAUCAUUUGCAAUUAUGAGUUCUCCUCUCGGCUUUCAAUCAAUUCGAUCCUCCGGUUACGAUCUGCUGCAAUAAGUGCUCUUUCUGAUAACUCUCCAGCUGAUACAGCAAUGAUACAAAAGCUUGCUCGAAGAAUUUUGCAUGUGAACAGAUAUCAUGACAAUGGAACUCAUGGUCCCAAUGAUGACAUAAUUGAGGGCUAUUCUGAUCGUAGGACGGCAGGGGCGGCGGUACCUAAUGAAACUCAAAUUUCUCAUCAGGAUCCAUUAUGCAAUACUGAGCCAGAACUCCAAAUUGUGCAAAAUGGCUUUGUUGGGUAUAGUGGAUCCAGUGGAGGCCUAAAUAAUGGCCAUGAUGUCCAAAUAAUUCCAAUUGAUGGGCCUGAUUCUGGUUUCAAAGAGCAUCCGGCAUCUUACAGAGAAAUAUCAGUGGAGCCUCCUGAGAUGUUUCUUCCCGGCUUAAUUGUUCAUAUGGUGAGGCAAAGAAGAAGCCUCCUUCCUCUUUGGCAAUGCUGGAACGUUCAGGAAACUGAGCCACCAUACAAAGCUGUUUUAGCGAAAAGGGAGAACUUCAGGGAUAUAGUGGUUACUCCUUCCAUGUUUACAGAUCACUUACCUUGGAGGUGCCACCUUGCUAUGCAGAAAAUUCUUGAAGCCCAAACGCCUAAGAGAUCCGCAAAUUCUGGUUCGUCCAUACAGCAUUUGGUCUGACCAGGAUAAACUGUUGACCCAUGUACAGCGAAAUGCGGUGGAGACAGAAAUUAUGAAUAUCACAUCAGUAGCACGGUUUAUUCCACCCUGGAGGCGUAUUUCAGGCACUUAUUAGUUUAGGAUACAUGAUACAUGAGAUAUCUGUGACAGACCCAGCAUGGUGAUGAGCUUAUUGACAGUUAGAGGCGAAUGCCUAGAAGCAGGCAGGCACAUGUCACAGAGAUCUGAUCUCCGGCAGAAUAGACAUCUGGUACUCCAUGUACAACAAUCUGUCUACUCACCCUGGCACUGACCUGUGCGUGUACAUUGAUUUCUGACGCAGCCGCCAACCUGAAUACACAUCCCUGUUAGCCCCGGUUUGUUCCCUCAUUCAUUGUUCUGCAGCUGUGUCUGCCUGUUCAAUACCAAUUUUUUUAUUCAUGCCAAGUUGGCAAGAUGUACAUAAUUCGCACAGCAGAGUUAGCUAGACUGACUGGCAGACAAGUGAUGGUCAUGUUGUGACUGUCCACCAAAGCUGAAUACUGAACUUACCAAACAGAAAGGAAGCUGAAUACUGAAUGGAAGUUGUGGCGUACAUUCUCAGAACCGUACAGCCUUGAAUUGAAA